AUGGCAUCACUCACUCAUACACCGAAGCGACUGGCGCUUUCAUACGUGGUCGACUGGAUCGUCAUCAUUGGCAUUGCAGCAGUUGGUGCAGGCUUCUGGAAGAUAACACCGAACCACAGACCCUUCUCCCCAGUCGACCCUGACAUAUCCUUCCCAUACGUCGAGCAUGAAAAGAUAUCAACAGGCCUCCUUGUCACCAUCGCAUUGGUCAUACCCGCUCUCGUCACGGCUUUUGUGACGCUGGUGUUCACGCCAGGACCUGGCGUGUCACGGGGAACACCAAAGUCACUCAUGUGGAGGAUGAAACUAUGGGAGUGGAAUACUGCUUGGAUGGGACUUGCGCUUGCUCUAGCCACGACGUUCUUUUUCACGGAAGGGCUUAAAAACGUAAUUGGCAGACCAAGGCCAGACCUACUAUCAAGAUGUAAUCUAGAUCCUGCGACUGUGCAGCAAUACGCUCUAGGUGGCGAAGGGAGCCAGCUACCGCUAUGGAACCUCUUGGUCUCUUCUACGGCUUGCCGACAGCCCAAUGCUUCGAAGCUGAAUGAUGGAUUCGCAAGCUUUCCUAGCGGCCAUUCUUCUUGUAAGUCCGUACUCUGCCUUUUGUCCCUAGGCUGGCUAACAGUGCUCUGUCUAGUCUCCUGGGCUGGCAUGUUCUACCUGACUCUCUUCCUCUGCUCCAAAUUCUCCGUCACCAUUCCAUAUUUACUCCCAUACACCUUCGAAUCUUCAACGCAAGAUGCCAAAAGAUAUGAUCAAGGCCUAAUCGACGGUGACUCCGACAACUUCAAAAAUGAUGCUCCCGCAUCCACCAAGAGCAGAUCAGUACCUCUGCGCAAGCAAGCGGCGGCUCCUCCGACUUAUCUUUUAAUCCUACCACUCAUCUGUAUCUCGAUCCCCGCUUAUGUUGCAUCAACGCGUUUUUCGGAUUUCAGGCAUCAUGGAUUUGACAUUAUUUUCGGCUCGUUGAUGGGCACUGUCAUCUCUUACAUUGGCUUCAGGAUGUAUCAUUUGCCUAUCAGACGAGGCGCUGGCUGGAGUUGGGGGCCUAGAAGCGUGUCGAGAGCUUGGGGGAUAGGCGUGGGUCCCCAAGGAUACACAGAUGGAAAUGGAGCUAUGACCAAGAAACGCGAUCUGGAGGCCGCUAACGAACCAAGAAAUUCCGCGUUGGUAAGCUCAGGUGAGGUUUGA